ACAUUCUUCAAAUGGGAUUCAUGGGAACGAUUGAUUAUGGCUUACUGUUUGAUGAUCUUCCUUGUGACUCUUCUUCUUCAUCUGGUUAUGAUCUUCAAGCUUUGUUGAACAGCAAUGGGAACCAACAACAAAACCCAGACCAAUCGGUUUCUGGGUUUUCGCUUCCUCCAUCCCCUACGACGGACCAGCUUGAAAAUCGCGGCCUUUAUCAAGCAAGCCAGUUUCAAUCUCCGUCGUUUAGUGGAAAUUCUGACAAAGGGUACCAGGAUUUCUACGGGUUGGAUUGUUUGGAAGUGAACAAGGAAGAAUCGAAGGUGGAUAUCGGUACUGUUUACCAUGACGAAAAUGUAGAAAAUUCACAAACUUUAAGCUUGCCGGAGAACAACUUUUUCUCUGGACAAAUGACGAAUGUCUUCAACAAUGGAGAUUCCGAGAACUCGUUCAUGGAGGAAUUACCUGGGUUUAAAGUAGGACGUUACAGCCCAGCAGAGAGACAAGAGCGGAUUUCAAAGUACAGAGCAAAACGUAAUCGGAGAAACUUCAACAAAACAAUUAAGUAUGCAUGCCGGAAAACGGUAGCCGACAACCUUCCCCGUAUACGUGGCCGAUUCGCGCGUAACGAUGAAACUGCCGAGAUUCCGAAAGCUGCAUGUUCAACCAGAGAUGAACAUCAGUAUGAAUCAUGGACAUUGCCUGAGGUGGGAGAUGAAAUAAUGGCAAAAGGAACAUUUAUGAACAGUUUCAGCUUACAUCAGUUUGGAUACCAUCAACAUGGCCGCUUCUGAAGUUCUAUUUUCUCUGAAGAAUGCAUUUGUUUCAGCUACGGAUGAUUUUCAGGAAAAAAAAAU